CGGGGUUAAAAAUUGUCUUCAAACUUUAUUUUGUAACCUUUCUUUGACUUGACUAUUAGAGUAUAUUGAAUUCACUAACCUUUCCUUGACCGACUACUAGAGAAUAUUGAUAACUCACUAUUAGAGUGAAAAUUUAUUUUCUCAAAUAAAUUACAAACGUGUACUCUCUAUUCGAGCAAUCGCAACUUUUCAAAGGUUUUUCCAGGCAAAAUACGCUCGGGAGCAGUCAUUUGAAUAUGUAUAUAAUAAUAUCCUGAUUCUCUCGAAAAUAGUACAACAAUCAUAUAUAUCUCAAAAUUUUGUAAAAUCAUGUUUAUGAUAAAAUAUUUUUUUACUCAAUGCUCAAUUAAUCGUCUGGAAAAUGUGCCACGAUUCACUGCGGCGGCACAAAAUUGUACUGUAGCAGGCUGUGACAUAUUUCGUCUGUCUGCUAUUUGGCAUUUAACCUACAAUAAUUUUGUAUUAUCUUUAUCCGAGUUGUAAGUGGUAUAAAAAUUUAUUAUGAGUUUAUUAUAAAUUAGUUAUAUUAGUAUUGAUAAUCUAUUAAUUAGUCGUUGGAAGGUUCAUUACGGAUAACUUAUUACUUUAGACCACAAGGUAUAGCCAAUAUGGCAAGUACGAAUGUGACUUCAGUUUCAGUUCUUUAUGCAGAACUCAACAAAUUCUGUCAAAAUGGGGAUUAUGAACGAGCUUUAAAGUCUGCACAUAAAGUUCUCCAUCACUAUCAGGAUGAAGAAAAGGCAUUCCACUGUAAGAUUGUUUGCCUUAUCCAGCUAUCCCGCUUCCAAGAUGCUCUACAAGCGUUUUCAAAACAACCUAAGUUUGCAGAGUCUAUGAUAUUUGAGAAAGCAUAUUGCCAAUACCGUCUCAACAAUACACUAGAUGCUUUGAAAACUGUUGAAUCAUGCAAUGAAGUUACGCUUAAAAUUAAAGAAUUAAAAGCUCAAAUCUUGUAUCGUUUAGAAAGGUACGAAGAAUGCUUUGAUGUGUAUAGAGAUGUUGUUAAAAAUAGUAAUGAUGAAUAUGAAGACGAGAGGGAGACAAAUUUAUCGGCAGUCAUUGCAAAUCUGAGUAUUGAGGGAUCGACUAAAGAAGUACCUGAACUUCGCGAACAAACGUAUGAGUUGGCCUACAAUGCAGCUUGUUCCUUAAUUGGAAAGAAGCAAUUUUUGGAAGCAGAGCGUAAAUUGAAAGUCGCUGAGAAAUUAUGCCGAGAAUCAUUGGAACAAGAGGAUGCUACAGAAGAAGAAAUAGAUGAAGAACUUGGAAUUAUCAGAGUACAACAGGCAUAUUGCAUUCAAAUGCAGGGCCGAGAAAAGGAAGCUCAGGCCAUUUAUAAUGCAACACUGAAAAGGAAACCGGAUGACAUCGGUCUGACAGCCAUUUGUAGUGCUAACAGUGUUGCCAUCAAUAGAGAUCAAAAUAUUUUCGAUUCGAAGAAAAAAAUGAAAAACGCGACCAGUGACGGUCUGCAGCACAAGUUGACAUCUCGACAGCGUCGCGACAUCGCUUUUAAUCAGUGUCUGUUCGCCAUGUACAAUAAUCAGAACGACCAUUGUGUGCAGCUGUGCGACAAGCUGGUGAAGCAGCACCCUGAAAUGGCAGCUAAGAUCACUCUGGUGAAAGCGAUGAGUCUAGCCAGAGAUAGCAAGCUGGCGGAUGCCACCAAGCUGCUCACCUCGUUCGCAGACAGCCAUAAGCACGCAUUGCUAGAAAUGAAGUUGGCCGCUGUUCAUUUACUCCUGACUGAGGGAAAAAUAAGUGAGGCGACCCAACUUCUGAACACCCUUGGAGACUUACUGUACAAACCUGGAAUAGUGAGUGCUCUAGUGACUCUGUACAUGGCGCAAGGGAACAGAGAUGCAGCAUCUCAACUGCUUCAGAAAGCUGUCGAUUGGUACAGAAAGAACAAAGUAAGCAGCGGCCGUUUGAGUGCGCUGUGGAGGCAAGCAGCGGACUUCCAUCUGCGAGGGGGCGAGCCGGCUGUGGCUGCACAGAGCUUGGAGCAACUCCUCCAAUUGAACCCCGAUGAUAAGAAGACUCUCGCUCAACUUGUAAUCGCUUAUGCUCAGUUUGAUCCUGAAAAAGCUAAAUCCGUUAGUAAGAGACUGGUAUCUUCAGCUGAUAUGACAGGAGACGCGGAUGUUGACACAUUGGAAGCAGCCAAUUGGAUGAUGGGCACCAAGGUCAUCAAGAAGACCGCCACCAAGGUCGAGGCAUCUCCUGGAACCCCAGGUAAUGAGCUUCUACAAACAAAUAAGAAGAAGCGGAAGAGGCCAGGUAAGCUGCCAAAGAACUGUGACCCCAACUGCGACCCUGACCCUGAAAGAUGGCUGCCAAGACAUGAGAGAUCCACUUUCAGGAAGAAGAAGGAUCGUCGCAACAAAGACAUCGGCAAGGGAACCCAAGGUGCUGCUACCGGUGCUGCUGAUCAGUUUGACAUCACAAAAAUGGCCAGCACACAAAAAACAUCUCCAAACCCUCAGAUGAGUCCCGCUCCUGAGGGGCCUCGUCAACAACAAAGAAAAGUGCAACAGAAGAAGAAGAAGAAAGGUGGAAAGUGGUGAUAAAUUAUAUCAACUGGGGUUCACGUGCAAAAAAUAUAAUACUUUUUUGUAUUUAUAAUAUAAUUUUAAUUUGCAAAAAAUAUGUGAAUUAGGUUACUUUGCUUUAUUUGAUACAUUAUUUUUCAAAAUAGAAAGGAUCACAGGUUUAUUUAUAUUUAUUUUCGAAGUAGAAGCUUCACUUGUUUUGUCCGUGUAUCAAUUAUUGUAGUGUCAGCAACUGAAAAGUACGAAUCAAUGUUAUGAAUACAAAAAUUAUUACUCACAA